GAUUUUAUUUUACAAACUAAAGUGAAAUAAGCAACUAAUUAUUUAGAUAUUUACCAAAUUAUGAUUUAUUCAAAUAAUUCAGCCAUUUAAAAUUCAUAGCACUAAACUAGGUCAAUUUAGCUAUUAAGUGGCCAGUAAAAUUUGAAGUAAUCGAAUUCACAAUAUUAAAAGCACUUCGUUUAUCGCUCAUAGAGUGGUUAAAACAUAGGAUCACAUAUGGUUUAAUAAUAGGGAGUUUAGAUUUAAGAAAUAGCCUAGUAGCAAUAAUUUGCUUAACAGCCACAUAAAAUUCAGUAUCAACAUGGUGCUAGUGCAAGUUUUUUUGGAAAUUAAAAUUAAAUAAUUUCUAGAAGUGUAAAUGGACCUAUUAGUUCUUUAUAGCAACAAAUGACAAAUAGUUUACAUAACACUACAAAAGAAAACAAUAAUUAAGUUCCUAUUGUAUAAAAUAUGGGAAAUUUCAAUUAUUAACAGUAGAAUCAAUUACACAUUUAGUAUAAAGAAGGGAGAACUCCUGCUUAAAUGGAUUAAAAAAAUAAAAUUCAUAAUUACAAUUCAAGUAAUUAGAGUAUUUCAUAAUCUAAACAAGCUACUGCUUAGCUUUAGCCAAUAAAUAGAUAAGAAUAAUCAUAAAUUUAAAAAUAAGGUUCUGUUAUUAUUAGGAACAACUAGUCUUUUUCCUCAUAAAAUUUAGUUAAUACAGAUAGAGAUUAUAAUGAAGUGUUUAGAAGAGAGUAGUCUUCUUCUUUUUAUGAUAAGAUAGAUCCAUUGUAAUAAUAAUACUAAAGUCAUGCCUUACAAGAAAAAAACUUAAUAUUAUCUUAGAAUUCUCUACAAAAUAAAAUUAUUGAAAAUAAUCAACUUAACUCUCAUAAUUUUCCUUAGUAAAAUAUAGUAAAGCAAAUUCCAUAAAUAAUUACUUCUCAAGACCACAUUUUCUCAGCAAAAUCUAUUAAUUAGCUCACACCAUUAUCUAAUAAUGAUAAAGUUAUAGAUUUUUAGCAGUAUUAAACUAUAGAAAAAUAAUAUCAAGGAUUUAUUCCAAUAUCUACUUCAUCUCCUUAAGUGUAAAAUAACCACUUAAAAUUUUCAUAGUAAUUAGUAGGUUCUCAAAAUCAAUUAUCUUAUUCUACUUAUAUACAAUAAAAUUACUCUAAUUAAGAUGUAAAUAACUAUAUAAAGCUAGAUAAUACCAUUUAAAAAGUAGGACUUAGAGAAAUUUCUCCUUAUGAUAAACUCAUUUAAGCAAGACGAAGCUCUAAAGAUGAAGACUCUUUUAACCAAAAUAAAUCCUUUUAAAGUGUUAAAUACAAAACAUCUUAAAUAGAGUCAAUUAAAGAAGAAAACAUCAUAACUACUCCAAGAAAGCAAGCAUAUGUAUACAGCAAUGAAAUUUCAGUAGUAAGCGAUAUAAAAAGCACAAAUGAAACAGAUGUCCGUGAUAAAGCUUUUUCAUAAUAAAAAAUCUAAAAUAUUGUGAUUAACUCACCUAAUUACAUUCAAUAAAACUCUUACACACAGCUUUCACCUAAAUCAAAGCUGCAAGUUAAAGAAAAAGUCUAUGGCAAUGAAGAUUUGUGUAAUUAUUAUCCAGUGACUCAUAUUAAACAAGAAGAUUUAUAAAAAUACGAGUUGAUCCUUAAAUGUACUCUACAAACUUAAAAUUAGUCAAUAAUAAAUUAAAAAAUAAAAGAUUUUUCAGAAGGUUUUCAAUUUUCAGCCUAUUGA